AUGUCCUUCUUCCCGCCAACUCCGUACCCAAACAGCACUACAUUCAGUACCCACCGAGCUGUCCGUCCUCCUCCGCCCCGCGAUAAUUACUUCCAAGAAGAUCCCUGCUAUCCUCCUCCUGGUGUCUGCCCCAACCCGAAUCCACCCCCUGUCCAGCACACAUUCACAGGUCAAGAUCCCACAGACGCUCAAACCUGUGCCCAGGAUACCGAAGGCUCGACCCAUCAUCGUUUCUCGCGGCCGAUACAAAUGUCGGACUACCAGAUGCACCCGUCCCGGGGUAUCACGUACGCCUCUACCACGCCUGUCCCCGCGCAUUCUCCGCCGGGGUACGCUGCGCCAAACUCUCCUCCUGAUUACAAGCCAUUUCCUUCAUCUCACGACACCAGACUCCUCCUUGCUCCUCCUCCUUCCUUUCACCAAGCUACCUGUCCUCACUCUCAGGCUGUGACGUACGCGGCUAUCCUUCCACAGCACUCUUGUCCUCACUGUUUCGACGAAGGGUCCUCGGACCCAGGGUCUCAGCCGGCUGAUAAGGUUGCGAUUGGGCUUGUCAUCUUGAACAUAGUCAUUUGGGGCAUGGCGUUCUAUGGGUAUUGGACAGAAUGGAACGGUGCCCCGCCCUGGAGCGGCUGGACUGGUGGGGCGAGCUGUGUGGGCGGACAGGGAGCGUCUGGAUGGGGCAAGAUCUGUUGGGGAGAAGAAUGUAGAUGGGCAUUUGUUGAUUGUUGA